UCGAUGUUGACGACGACGAUGUCUGGAGCAUGAUGCCCCAGGCAAAAUAGGAACGGGAGUCAGUUUAUCAAUUCUUCAUAAAUACAACGGGAUCCUCACUCGUUUACAAUGAUUCUCCCUCACCUGCACUCAUCCCCCUUCCUCACCUUUGUUCGGCGUCUCGUUCGGCCUGGGUGCUGCUAUCUAGUACACCAUGGUCCAAGCCUCUUUUCUGGCGACAGCCAUCGCCGUUAUUAUUUCCGGAUGCACUGUGUCUGCUCGAGGUGUAAUGGUUCCCAGGGCCUACUGCACCAACGGCAAGCAAGUGGUUGAGGGAAACACCUGUGAGAUCAUUGCGGACCGUCGUUGCACCAUCAGUGUUGCAAGACUCCAGCAACUGAAUCCACAACUCGACUGCUCCAACCUGCGCGUCGGCCAGCAUUUCUGCUGCAACGAGGGCGCAGUUAGGAGAGACCCGGAAUGCACCAACUACAAGACCGUCGUCGCCGGAAACACUUGCGCCAGCAUCGCCGACAAACGCUGUACCAUAUCGGAGUCCAGGUUCCGUCAACUGAAUCCGCACCUCGACUGUUCCAACCUGCAGGUCGGAACCGGCUUUUGUUGCAACGAGGGUUCCUUGCCGUUGCCUGACUGCACCAAUGUCAAGACGGUUGUCGAGGGCAAUACUUGUGCCAUUAUUGCUGAUCGUCGCUGUACGAUCAGCCUUGGAAACUUUGUAAACUACAACCCUCAUAUCGACUGCUCGAGGCUUGAGGUGGGCGAAAAGGUCUGCUGCAUGGAGGGGAAGCUCCCUGGAGGCCCCUCCCCCAACGCCGAUGGCACUUGUCAAGACAGGCAGGUUGUGGCGGGCGACUCCUGUUCAACGCUCUAUCAAAAGUGCAACAUUACCCCUUCGCUUCUGACCCAGUAUAACACAGCAACCAACUUCUGUUCCAAUCUAAAAGUCAACCAGUGGAUUUGCUGCUCACCUGGCACUCUCAAGGACAGGCGGCCCAAGCCGAAUGCUGAUGGGUCGUGUGCCACGUACACAGUCAGAUCGGGCGACUCAUGCAGCGUGAUCGAGGCUGCCAAUGGGCUAGUUGAUGGCGAUCUAGACACGUUCAACAAGAGGAAGACUUGGGGGUGGGCUGGGUGCAGCAAGCUUUGGCCCGACUCCAAGAUCUGCCUCAGCUCAGGGACCCCGCCAAUGCCCCUUCCCAUCGCCAAUGCGGUAUGUGGGCCACAGAAACCUGGGACAGUUGCUCCUCCCGCAGGCACCAACAUCAGCACCCUCAAUCCGUGUCCGCUCAACACGUGCUGCAACAUCUGGGGUCAGUGUGGCACCACCAAAGACUUCUGCGAAGUGACGGGCGAUGGGACUCCGGGAACGGGAACAUGCAUCAGCAACUGUGGCAUGACCAUUGUCAACAACAAUGCGCCGCCGGCAGAGUACAAGAAGAUUGGAUACUUCGAGGCCUGGAGCACCGACCGCGACUGCUUGUGGAUGGACGCUACCUCUAUUGACGAGACUCAGUUCACACACAUCCAUUUUGCCUUUGCCGACGUCACACCUGACUUUCGAGUUGAUGUCAGCAAGGUUCAGGCUCAGUUCAACAAGUUCAAGGCACUCAAGAGGUCCAAGAGGAUUAUCGCGUUUGGUGGUUGGGCUGCAUCGACGAGUCCCACCACAUUCCAGAUCUUCCGUGCUGGUGUGAACUCCGCCAAUCGCGCCACUCUUGCCAACAACAUUGCCAACUUCGUCAGAGAACAUGGACUGGACGGCGCUGACAUUGAUUGGGAGUAUCCUGCUGCCCCGGAUCUUCCCGACAUUCCUCCUGCGGACCCCAUCGACGGCCCCAACUACCUCGCCUUCUUACGGCUGCUGAGGGCUGGACUUCCCACCGGGAAGUCCCUCGCCAUUGCAGCGCCGGCCAGCUACUGGUAUCUCAAGGGCUUCCCAAUCAGGGAAAUGGGCAGCGUUCUCGACUACAUUGUUUACAUGACGUACGAUCUUCACGGCCAGUGGGACGCUGGGUCUAGGUGGUCUCAGGAUGGCUGUCCAAGCGGCAUGUGCCUUCGGUCCCAUGUCAACAUGACAGAGACAUACAAUGCCCUGGUCAUGGUCACCAAGGCCGGGGUGCCUGCCAACAAGAUCAUCGUCGGCGUCAGCAGUUAUGGCCGCUCUUUCAAGAUGAAAGACCCGAACUGCCGAGGGCCCAUGUGCGAGUAUACCGGCACAGCAAGUGUUUCCCACGCCAUGCCAGGCCCUUGUACUGGAGUCCAGGGCUAUAUUUCCAAUGCCGAGAUCCAGGAGUACAAAAACGUGAAUGAUAUCAACGUGACAACACACUACGACCAAGCCACACGUUCCAACAUCGCCAUCAUCAAUGGGACUUGGAUAGCCUACAUGGACACGGCAGAGAAGAAUGCUCGGUCCAACAUGUACAGGGGCUGGAACUUUGGUGGGACAAGUGAUUGGGCCAUCGACCUCGACACCUUUACUGAGCUCGAGCGCAAGGUCAGCGGGUCGGUCCUUACCAGCAGGUUCACCAGAAAAGGCGCUACCGGGGGCUCUACGCGCUGGUAUGAUCUGUCGUGCAGUAUCCCUGCAGUGGACACGGCAGACAUGGACAGAAAGCAGCGAUGGGAAGGGUUGAUGGCGGAUGAGGCGUGGGCUGACGCUAUAAAGGCCUAUCUAGCACGCACGAUGGACGUCGGAAGCCUUUCGUCGUGGAUUGUUGGCAAGUUCUUCCGUGGACACCAAGAUGUUCACUGUGGGACAUUGUUGCCGGCAAGCAACUGUCUGAGCCCACAGGAAAACUGCUACGACAAGGACAACAAACCGCCUAUACUGACGAAUGACCCUCCCGAAAGGACUGGUCCAGCAGGAAAGUUCAUCAUGAACUCAUUUGUUACUCUGGAACAGCUUUUUGUGAACUACUACGACGCCCUUAGAGAAGCGCAACAAGAUGUCAACCUAAUCAUCCCGGUGAUGGAAAAUUAUUUCAUGAAGGAAUUUGAUGAUACCUUUGCGAAACAGAUGGGCUAUAACAUCCUUGCUGCGAUUACCAGUCUUGUGACAGGUCCAUUGGUUGGGCACGUGCUGAGGAACUCCGCUGCAACGGAGGUAGUCAAUCAGGCGGUUUUGGCAACGGUAAUGACUUUCAAGGACAAGAACACUGGAGAUAUCGAGGACGAUCUUAGCAAGGCAUCCACGUUGGCAAUGGCCUUGAACGCUACCAUGACUCACUGGGAGAGGUCGGUUACCGGGUUCUCAGCCAAGCUGUUUGCUGGUCCAGAUAAGGAUGGCCACUUGACCCCACUUCUCGCCAACUUCAUGGCCGAGGGCAAGCUGAUAGGUGGUGGUGUGCCGAAGGAACAGCCUCGACCCGACAUCCUUCGGGUAGACGACAUGAAGGUCAUGAUCAGGAGGGCACUUUUCACCUUCAUGAUUCCUGUGGCGUGGAACAACAAUGACGAUGCGAACGUGGCUGUUUUGGAGACGGGAAAUGCCUGUAGGACCUAUGGCAAUCUCUGGCAGCGUUAUGUCCGGGAAGAAGAUGCCAAGAAGGCUGAGUUCUGUUUUGAAAACAAACAGUACCUGCUACUGGCAGCUAUGGGGCCCUACCAGAAUUGUUACCCAUUUGGGACUGGCGGUGGGCAGUCCUGCGACCAUGCGAUUUGGAGCCUGCCUCCCGGGUUUAACAAAUUGGACGAUUUUCAUAAUAUCAGUGCCACGGAUAUUAUGGAGGGAGCAUUGAGAACUUGGAGGAGGAACGGUGGGCAGAACGGAUACGAGUUUGAUCCCGACAAUCUCGCUAUGAAGGACUACUAUGACCCGGUGGACCCGAUGAGGAACAAGAUCAUCGACAUGGGACUGAUUCAGUUUCCUGUUUGCACGCUUGAUCAAGCUAAUUUGAGGUGGGGGCACCCGGGUCCGAAGGGAGACUUUUAUCCUUGCUGAGGGUGGUAUUUUGAAGCGGUUGGGGCUUGGAGAGCCGGGGGCUUGAACAAUCGUUGAGUUGAUGGUUUUCUGGGAAUGGAUGUUGUCUUUGUGUGAUACUUGGGCUACUCUGUAACGUGCAUGAU